AUGGCUGUCUUUUAUGGUCUCUACACGUAUUUCGUUCAUACUCUUUUCGAUCUCAAUGUGGUAUUUGUACCCAGCAUGCUAGCUGCUCUUUUCGCAGCAGUUCCCAUUAUGCCACCAUUCAUUGUAUGCGUAUUUGGGGUGGUCGAGCUAUGGCUUGUACGAGGCGAACUCUCAUCUGCAAUAGUGUUUGCACUCAUGUCGUUCGCACCACGUAUGUUUGCAGAUUCUGCCUUCUACAAGGAAGUCAAAUUUUCUCAUCCUUAUCUAACUGGUUUAUCCGUAAUCGGUGGCAUGUACUGGCUUGGACUUCAAGUGAGUAAAUCUUCUUCAGCCCUUUUACUUUUUAGAAUAACAAUCUGUAAAAUUAUGGCUGCGAAGACUGCUUAAUC